AUGUUGUGGUCCCGCAAGUGGUGGGUCGCAACUCAAUUUCAGCCAACAUGGGCCCGUCGAGCAUUUCCUUGCUGGGACGAGCCAGCGUUGAAAGCUACCUUUAACAUCUCCAUAAAACACCAUCGGAAUUACACGGCUUUGUCGAAUAUGCCGAUGCGAAAGCAAACGGACGACGGGAAUAAAGACGGCAUGAUAUGGACUCACUUCGAGACGACUCCAAUUAUGUCCACAUAUCUGGUUACAUUUGUUGUGUCUGAUUUUGUUCGUGUUUCUACCGAAAACGACGCAAUCAAUAUGUGGAGCAGACUCAAUUUUGCGUUGGAUACAAAAUGCAUAAUGCAAGAAGUUNCCGCAAAGGCCGGUCAAUUUUUGACGACGUACACUAACAGCUCUAACAAAAUUUCGAAAUGGGAUUACGUUUGGAUACCGGAAAAUGGGUUCGAUGUUAACAACUGGAGACUCAGCACUUACAGGGACUUCCUCAUUUUGUAUAAUAAAGAAACGGAUGACAUAAAUCAGAAGCACGAUGUAGCGCUAAUUGUAGCAAAUGCAAUGGCACAGCAGUGGUUUGGUAACUUAGUCAGUCCUUUAUGGUGGUCUGAAAAAUGGUUAAACGAUGGACUUGCGUUAUUCUUUUCGUAUUAUAUUCUUGACCAGGUGUUUCAAGAUUGGCGAAUAAUGGAGCUUUUCGUCGUCAAUAGUGGUCAACAAGUUGCUUUUGCUUUUGGUAGUGAUGACGUUAUUAAACCUAUUACAUCAAGAGUUCAACAAAUUAACAGCCCUACAGAAAUUGCUUCUUUAUUAUUUUCGUCGAGGUCUAUUUACGGCAAAAGUCGCACAGUAUCUACUUACCUGCGUAUGAUACAACAUAUCUGUAGCAAAGACGUAUUUCGAAAGGGUAUUAUUAAAUAUUUACACGCCCAUCAGUUUGGCUCUGCUACUUCCGACGAUCUAUGGAGAGCUUUGCAAGAAGCAUUAGACGAAUCGGAUGUCCCGCAUGACGAUUAUAAAGUCAAAGAUGUAAUGGAUACAUGGUUAAAAGGAAAUCAUUUUCCUGUGGUACGUGUGACUCGAAAUUACGAGAAUGGCGACGUAAUACUGACUCAAGAACAUUUUCGUCUUACAAACAACACCGACCACAUCGACGACAACAAAUGGUGGAUACCCAUUACUUUUGCCACAAAAUCGAAUCCUGAUUUCUCUAACACUUUGCCCACUCACUGGUUGAAACCGCAUGAUCAGAAUGUAACUAUAAAAGGAAUUGAUCCAAAUGAUUGGAUCAUCGUCAACUUACAAGCAAUGGGAUAUUAUCUCGUGAAGUACGAUUUGGACAAUUGGGUAAAAAUUUCCCGGUAUCUCGACUCGGAUGAUUAUGAGAAGAUACACGUGCUGAAUCGUGCGCAAAUCAUUGAUGACGCCUAUCAUUUUAUGACGGCGAAGCAGCUCGAUUUCACUACGUUUUUAAAUCUCGCAAAGUAUUUACGACGAGAAACAGAUUUUAUAGCGUGGUUUCCCAUGUUUACGAUAUUCUCAGGAAUACAGAAAGUUUUUAAAGUUCCAAGUAUGUCGAGAAUCAAGUUACUUUUCGUUGACAUGUUGAGGAAACUUGUAGAAAGCGUAGGAUACGAAGAAGAUCCUGCCGACGAUGACAUUACGAAGCUUACCAGAACCUCAGCUUUAGAAUGGGCAUGCAAGUUCGGUCACGCUGAAUGCAGAAGAAUGGCCAAUAUUAAACUGAGUGAAUAUCUUACAGAUCCCGAGACACACAAAAUUUCGCCAAAUUUACAACAGUGGACGUUUACUAAGGGUGUAAUAGUAGCAAAUGUAUCUACUUGGAAUAAGAUUAUAGAGAUGCAAAACAAAAAACCCGCUAUUUGUCCUAGUGCGUUACUCUUAUCUGAUUGGACUCGCUCUGAAAAUCCUGAUGUAAUAAUUAGUUUCUUGAAUGGAUCCUUACCGGGUUAUUCACGAACAGAUAUAAUCAGAGCUAUCAUCGAUUAUAAAAUAUCGUACGACUUAAUAGAUAAUGAUAUAAUACUUGAUUAUUUCUUAGAAAAUAUAAAUAACACGCCUUUAAG